AUGAAUAAUAAUGAUGAUGAAGAAAUGUUAACAGAAAUGAUGUCCAGUCAAAUGUAUUUAACACCAUUAGGUGUAUUAAAACAUUUCGAAAAAAUUUGGACAAAUGAAAAAGAAGUUCUCACAAUUUAUUUAGCUGCUUUACGAUCACCACAACAUUCAAUAACGCAUGUUCGUAAUAAUCCAAUAAGUUUAUUCUUUUUUGAAGUUCUACCUGGUUCGCCAUCAAAAUUUCGUCCCGUAUUGUCAUUUAAUAAUCAAAAAUUUGAAAAUCCAAAAACGGUUCGAUAUUCAACAAUUAUUCAAGAUAGCCAAUUAAUGAAGGAACUUUUAUUAAUGAAAGAUAAAAAAACCACAGACACAUCAGCAUCAACAACUGUAAUACAUUUUGAUUGA